CCGGACCAUAACGGGACCAUACAUGCGUUACUGAACCGGUCGGUCCCGGUCCGGUUCCGAUACUAAGCGGCUAACCUGCAUGUUGGGCACGAAGCCCUUCUUGAUCCUCCAGCAGGUCCCGGACAGCUUCUCCAGGGGCGGGGCUUAAUGACAGAGCGAUUCUGAGCUCCGCCCACAGAGGGCAGUAGAGAGGCUGCCUGUAAUCUUUCAGCUCAUCAAUGAAGCCCGCCUUCCUCUGACAGGAACCUUUGAAGCUCUGUCCUUUUGCAUGAAGCUGCGGGUUCGAAUCCGGCGGCAGACCAGCAGGCUGGAGGUCGGGGGGGAGGCGCCCACCCUGAGGGAGCUGGUGGAGCUGAUCGGGGAGACGCUUCUGCCGUCUCACGGACUCAGCGCCGACACGGACUUCGGGCUGUCCCUGAACGGCUCGGAUCUGCUGUCAGACUCCACCCAGACCCUGCAGUCCUGCGGCAUCGACUCUGGAGACCUCAUCUGGGUCCUGCUGCCGUCUGCAGGCCCAGAGUCAAAGACGGGCUCCAGCAGCGCGGGCUCCAACAGCGCGGGCUCCAGCAGCGCGGGCUCCAGCAGCACGACCGGCGCACAGCAGAGCAGCAGCUCCACCAGCAGCUCCACCUGCAGCUCCACCUGCAGCCAGCGUUCUGACAGCAUGGAACCUGCGGGCCCGGCCCCGCCAGACGCCAGCGCGGCGCCGCUCUGGGAGCCCAUCCUGUGCAGCGAGGCGGAGAACGGCCACGCCCCCCUGUCCCUGGACCUGCUGUUCCACGCGGCGCAGGUCAGCUGUCCCAACGACGCCGUGGUGGUGGCGGCGCACACGCUCUUGCUGGAGGCCGGCUUCACGCCCCAGGGCUGCGAGCUGAAGGCCGCUCAGAUGCCAGCAGGUUGGAGGUCCGGUGCCACCUACCGGCUGCAGUACACUCACCCUCUGUGUGGCAGCAGCUCCGCCUCCGUGGUGGGCGUGGUCAUGGGCCCCCAGCUCGUCAUCAACGCCGCCCUCACGGUUCUGGAGAACGUGGCUCUGGUCCGGAAGCUGCAGCUGACGGCGUCCAGCUUCGUGACGGAGGAGUGGGCAGGAGGAAGUGCAGCCGCGGCCUUCAAGGAUCUCCGGAAACUGUCCCGCCUCGUCAAGGACCAGCUGGCCUACCCUCUGAUCGCCGCCGCCAGAGAAGCCGCGGCGCUGCCCUGGGCGUUCGGCCUGCAGGCCCUCCCCCCAGAGCUGCUGCUCAGGGUGCUCCGCCUGCUGGACGUGCGCUCGCUGGUCCGGCUGUCCGCCGUCUGCCGCCUGCUGAACGCCGCCGCCGCAGACUCCUCGCUGUGGAGACACCUGUACCGGCGGGACUUCCCAGGUUCUGGUGGAAACGGAUCAAGAGACUCGGACUGGAAGGAG